GAGUUUUUUUAAUGGGAAUUGUGGGAAGGGAAAGGUUUCAGCUGGCACCAAUGCUUAAGUUAAUAUGAAACUAACAGCAUUUUUUCUCAAUUAUCUUGCUGAGAUGUCAAUGACUAUUGUUUGGCGGUCCUGGACGUCGCUCCGCCCCUCCUGUUUGUCGUAAACCUGGCGCCUAGCUACAAUAAACCCGAGCUAAAGAGUGGCCAGGGCUCGCCUCCUCCUCGAAGGCGAUCAAUCGGAUCUCAGGCACACCACAAGCACUCUCUUACGUAGACGUUGCACGAGAACGGCGCUGAUUACAACAACAUCGGCUGAGCCGCACCACCAAACAUCCACCUGCUCUCUGAACCAUGUCGCUGAGCCCAAAGCAUACGACACCUUUCUCAGUGACAGACAUUUUGAGCCCAAUCGAAGAGACGUACAAGAAGUUUGGUGGCAUGGACAGCACGGGGAAUCUCGCGUCUCCGUUGGGAGCGUACCGGCAGCCUCAGGUGUCCCAGACGGGUAUGCAGCAGCACUCCAUGGGCCAUAACGCCACGGUGGCCAGCACCUACCACAUGCCACACUCCGUCUCCCAGUUUUCGCACGGCGCUAUGGGGGGCUACUGCAAUGGCAGCAUUGCCAACAUGGGAGAUUUACCCUCUUACCAAGAAACUAUAAGAAACAGUGCUGCAGCGACAGGGUGGUACGGCACCAACCCCGACCCGAGAUAUUCAACAAUUUCUAGAUUCAUGGGACCUUCCACAGGUAUGAACAUGACGGGCAUGGGCACGCUGAGCGGCAUGGCAGACGCCUCCAAAGCCAUGACCCCCCUGCACGCCGCCCCGAGGAGGAAACGGCGCGUGCUCUUCUCCCAGGCGCAGGUCUACGAGCUUGAGCGGAGAUUUAAGCAGCAGAAAUACCUGUCGGCGCCCGAAAGAGAGCACCUGGCCAGCAUGAUCCACCUGACCCCGACGCAGGUCAAGAUCUGGUUCCAGAACCACCGUUACAAGAUGAAGCGACAGGCCAAGGACAAGGCGGCACAGCAGCUGCAGCAGGACGGCGGCCUGUGCCAGCAGCAACAGUCGCCUCGACGGGUGGCCGUGCCUGUGUUGGUGAAGGACGGCAAGCCAUGUCAGAAUGGCUCCAACACACCGACGCCCACCCAACAGCAGAUGCAGCAACAGCAGCAGCAACAGCAGCAACAUCAGCAGCAGAACGGUUCUGGAGUCGUGCUUCCUGCCACGAGUAACCCUCUAAACCAGCACCAGAGUCAGCAGGUCAGCGCGAUGGUGCAGGCCCAAGACCUAGAGGAAAUGUCACCAAGUCCUCCAUCCCUCCAUUCUUCACUAAGCAACAUGGGACAGAUAGACACUUCCGUAGAUUACACCAAUAACAUGGUCACGUCAAAUCUGCUGUAUGGCAGGACGUGGUAGGACUGAUUAUCGUUUAUACAUCUUUUUUUUAUACAAACAUUUACUCUAAAUCUCUGAACUGCAGCUAAGGCCAAAAGCAGAAGAGAUGUGAGAAUGUGGAGCAAUUGAACGGAUAAAAAAACAUACUUUUGAGACGAGCCAUGUGUGCCACCUGUUCUUUUUCGAGGGCGCGAUGAUUAUUUUAAUUUUUUUCUACACGAAAUCCUUCUGCCUUUGAAGGACAAGCUGUUUCUAGCCUUAUUCUGUGCGUUUUGGACUCCCUCGUAUUGUUGUAGUAGAAGGUUAUCUGUUAUUGAACAAGGUCGCUGCUCCUCGUCCAUGGUUAAAGGCAGGGAACGGGAUGCUAGGAUAUCAGGUACGAACUUAAGAUCCACGGAAAAUCCUCAAGAGGCCCGAUCUCUCAACGACCCUCUCGCAAUGAACACCUGAACUUUCUUUUUUUAAUGAUAUGACUAUUGUAAGCUAAUGUAUCCAUUUAGAUUAAUGAAAGGUAGGGACUGUAUAUUUGGCUAACACUUGAUUCUGUUUUACCUGUAAUAUAAAUGUCUUAUUCUGUUGUUUAUUUUAUUUUGGGUUUUUUUGUAAGUUAAGACAAAAACACAUACACGAUGGCUGCUGUAUAUGUUUCAAACCAAUUGAACGUUAACAAUAAAUGAAUUGAAGUGCAA